AUGUUACCCUUAUUCAAAGUUUUCUCAUUGAUUGUGAGGGUGUUUGCAAGACCAGUGAUUGCCAGAACAAAGGCUGCCCAUUUAAAGAAAGCUCAAUCAGGACACACAAAUUGGGUGAAGAAAUUUUAUGUUCGUUUAGGAAACUUUUAACAUAAAUGGGACUAAAAAAUAGACAGCAAAUUUAUGGGUAUUGAUAAAAAAAGCAGUGAUUUUUUCUUUAAGCCUUUGAAUGACGAGGUGGCAUUAGAAAAAGGAGUGGAAUUCUUUUACGAAAUCCUUAUCUAUGCAUUGUUGAUAACCCUUCCAACAUAUGAAAUGUAUACUGCAUAAUAAGACUCCAAAAAAAAGAGUGACUAAAAUAAUGAAAAAUUAAAUAAUUUGAUGAAAUAAAUUGAUGAGAAUAAAUAACAUUCCUAGGCCAACAUCUAAAAAUUAGAGGAAUAAGAUUAAAUUAGAUAGGAGUUAAUGAAAUAACUAAACGUCAUUUCAAUCUAAUCUUUUGCAUAAUUAGAUGAUUUAUCAAAGAAUUGGAAUCUAAAAACCCAUCAAUUGAUUGAAGAAAAUCAAAGAUUAAAAUAAGAACUAGAAUAACUAAAAUUGAAGUAUUCUAAAGAUGAAGACUAAUGAGUUUAAAGAUUAUAUAUAUCUACAAUAUUCCAUUACAGGAUCUCC